AUGGAAGUUUAUGCGUAUUCAUCAGCGGCCGCAUUAGCAAAUGAAGUGAUUGCUGGAAUACGAACGGUGAUGGCGUUCAAUGCUCAGCCAUUUGAGAUUCAUCGAUAUGAGAAAGAAUUGAAAGAUGCGAGGAAAAUGGGAGUCCGCAAGGCAUUCAUAUUGGCGAUAUUCUCUGCAUUGCCUCUGUUUCUUAUGUUCGCUGCCAUGGCGUUUUCGUUCUGGUACGGUACCACUCUAGUUCUAGCUGGCACUGUGACGCCGGGAACAAUUUUUGCUGUUUUUUGGUCAGUGCUCCUGGGAACGCGCCGUCUAAGUGAUGCUGCUCCUCAAAUGGGAGCUUUCCUGGGAGCGAAAACGGCUGCGACCGACAUUUUUGCCAUCAUAGACAGGGUGCCAGAUAUCGACCCGAUGAGUGAUGAUGGUCUCACACCGGAAGAAUUUGUAGGACGUAUAUCGUUCAAUAAUGUUCAUUUUAGCUACCCGUCACGACCGACUGUGAAAGUGCUUGACGGUGUGAACUAUGAAGUGAACCCUGGCGAGACGGUGGCAUUGGUUGGGCACUCUGGAUGUGGAAAGUCGACUACAAUCGGUUUGCUUCUUCGUUACUAUGAGCAGACUGCGGGUGUGGUUCGUGUCGGAAAUUCUACUAAAAACUCAAAGUUUCAAAAAAUGGUUGGAAACGGCCCUCGGCGCGCAUUUAGCAAGAUUACAAGAAGCUUGAUUGCUGGAAUACGAACGGUGAUGGCGUUCAAUGCUCAGCCAUUUGAGAUUCAUCGAUAUGAGAAAGAAUUGAAAGAUGCGAGGAAAAUGGGAGUGCCAGAUAUCGACCCGAUGAGUGAUGAUGGUCUCACACCGGAAGAAUUUGUAGGACGUAUAUCGUUCAAUAAUGUUCAUUUUAGCUACCCGUCACGACCGACUGUGAAAGUGCUUGACGGUGUGAACUAUGAAGUGAACCCUGGCGAGACGGUGGCAUUGGUUGGGCACUCUGGAUGUGGAAAGUCGACUACAAUCGGUUUGCUUCUUCGUUACUAUGAGCAGACUGCGGGUGUGGUGGCUCUUGACGGUAUUCCACUGCGAGAGUACAAUCUGAGAUGGUGGCGUGGAGUGAUCGGCGUCGUUCAGCAGGAACCAGUAAUAUUUCGUGCUACUGUCGCUGAAAAUGUUCGGAUGGGAGAUGAUAGCCUGUCAGAUGCAGAUGUUGAGGAGGCUUGCGAACUUGCGAACGCUUUAGUGUUCAUCAGAAAGCUCAGUGAGGGAUUCAACACUGUGAUCGGUGAAGGUGCUGUGCAGCUGUCAGGCGGUCAGAAGCAACGAAUUGCUAUCGCUAGAGCUCUCGUCAGAAACCCUCAAAUUUUGCUUCUAGAUGAGGCGACCAGUGCACUAGACACAGAAAGUGAGCAUGCUGUACAGCAAGCGCUCGACAAGGUGCAUUUCUUGCAAAAUUGUUGCUAA